AUGGCGGACGAGGUCUACGAUGGUGCCAUUGGCAUUGACUUGGCAUUCUCUCACAGGCGUCUCAUCGGUCGCCGCUUCGAUGACCCCACCGUCAAGAAGGACAUCGAGUCCUGGCCCUUCAAGGUCGUCGACGAGGGUGGCAACCCCAAGGUCCAGGUCGAGUACCUCAACGAGACCAAGACCUUCUCCGCCCAGGAGGUUUCCUCCAUGGUCCUCCUCAAGAUGAAGGAGAUUGCCGAGGUCAAGCUUGGCAAGAAGGUCGAGAAGGCCGUCAUCACCGUCCCUGCCUACUUCAACGACAACCAGCGUCAGGCCACCAAGGACGCCGGUGCCAUCGCCGGUCUUAACGUUCUCCGUAUCAUCAACGAGCCCACCGCUGCCGCCAUUGCCUACGGUCUUGGUGCCGGAAAGUCUGGCAAGGAGCGCAACGUCCUCAUCUACGACUUGGGUGGUGGUACUUUCGAUGUCUCCCUCCUUAACAUCCAGGGCGGUGUCUUCACCGUCAAGGCCACCGCUGGUGACACCCACUUGGGUGGUCAGGACUUCGAUACCAACCUUCUUGACCACUGCAAGAAGGACUUCCAGCGCAAGACCAAGAAGGACCUCUCUGGCGACCCCCGUGCCCUCCGUCGUCUCCGCACUGCUUGCGAGCGUGCCAAGCGUACCCUUUCCAGCGGUGCCCAGACCACCAUUGAGAUCGACUCUCUCUUCGAUGGCGAGGACUACACCACCCAGAUCACCCGUGCUCGUUUCGAGGACCUGAACGCCAAGGCUUUCAACGGUACCCUCGAGCCCGUUGCCCAGGUUCUCAAGGAUGCCUCCAUGGAGAAGUCCGGCGUUGACGAGAUCGUCCUCGUUGGUGGCUCCACCCGUAUCCCCCGCAUUCAGAAGCUUCUGUCCGAGUUCUUCGACGGCAAGAAGCUCGAGAAGAGCAUCAACCCCGAUGAGGCCGUCGCCUACGGUGCCGCCGUCCAGGCCGGUAUCCUCUCCGGAAAGGCCACCUCCGCCGAGACCGCCGACCUUCUCCUGCUCGACGUCUGCCCCCUGUCCCUCGGUGUCGCCAUGGAGGGUAACAUCUUCGCUCCCGUCGUCACUCGUGGGCAAAAUGUUCCAUGCCUCAAAAAACGAACCUUCACCACUGUUGCCGACAACCAGCAGACCGUUCAGUUCCCCGUCUACCAGGGUGAGCGUGUCAACUGCGAGGACAACACCUCCCUGGGUGAAUUCACUCUUGCUCCCAUUCCUCCCAUGAGAGCCGGUGAGGCCGUCCUCGAGGUCGUCUUCGAGGUCGAUGUGAACGGUAUCCUCAAGGUCACCGCCACCGAGAAGACCUCCGGCCGCAGCGCCAACAUCACCAUCUCCAACUCUGUUGGCAAGCUCUCUUCCUCCGAGAUUGAGAACAUGAUCAACGACGCCGAGAAGUUCAAGACCAACGAUGAGGCUUUCAGCAAGCGCUUCGAGGCCAAGCAGCAGCUUGAGUCCUACAUUGGCCGUGUUGAGGAGAUCAUCUCCGACCCUACGCUGUCCCUCAAGCUCAAGCGUGGCCAGAAGGACAAGAUCGAGCAGCAGGUCUCCGAGGCCAUGGCUGCCCUCGAGAUCACCGACAGCGGUGCCGACGAGCUCAAGAAGCAGGAGCUCGCUCUCAAGCGUCUCGUGACCAAGGCUAUGUCCUCCCGAUAA